UUGUGCAAAAGAAUCGCACGAAAAGAACAAACACAAGAACGAGCAUUUCGUAAACAUUCGACACACUUUCUGCGAUUUCUCCAAAUUAAGUGCAAGAUUGCGACCCCCCUGGGCACGGUGUGUGUUUGUGUUGCCAGCGCGGGGAACUGAAUGCAAACCAGGCGCUACCGGUACCGGUCCCUCCCACCCAUCACGCUUUAUUGAAACGAUGGGUGAACCGAUAGUACUCAUCCUGUCGGCGGACGCCACCGUCCAGCCGGAAAGCAUUGUCGAGCGGAUCCGCAAGCACACAAACGGCCAGGACCGUAUCACGCUCGGCGAUGCGCCAGAAUCGAUCGGCUUCCCCUACCAGAUACACACCAAGUAUUACGAUACGCAGGUGGUGCUGUGUGCGCACGGUUCCGCCGACCUGUCCACAGUGCCCAGUGCAAUACUUAAUCGCACGGAGGGCAUGCUGAUCUACUUCGAUGCGAAGGAUCGCACGUUUCUCGACCGGCUGCCGGCGUACGGGGCGUUCGUGCAGCAGCACGAGAUCGAGUUUGGCAUACUGCUCUGCUCGACGCUGCAGGAAAGCAGCGCGGACGGUGUGACGUACGCGGAGGCCAAGAGCCAGUGCACCGUGCUGGACGUGAUAGAGCUCGAACCGAGCGCCGAGGACGAGGCGGAAGGAAGCGAGGAGGUGGCGGGGGCGGUGGAAGCGACCGGGGUGGACGAGCUGAUACAGGCGAUGCAUAAUUACAUCUGGUCCAAUGUGAACAUACACCGGGGGAGCAGGAGCGCAGCGGUGCCGGAUGGGGAUGGGUCGGCUUUGUUGCCUUCCGCCAACCCGGGGAAUGAUGAUGGCGCUGGUGGUGGUGGUGGUGGUGGUGGUGUUGGUGAAGAGGAAGACGAUGAUGGUCCGAUAACGGAGGAGGAGGAACGGAUAAUCGAAGCCGAACUGAACGGGUUCGAGCGACUGCUGACGGAGGUGAUGAACUUCCAGCCAAACACCAGCAACUGGACGCGCAACGAGCGGCUAAUGUACGCGGAAGAGCUGGCGGAGAUGUUUGACGAAAUGUUCGAGGAGGACGACGGUGUCGGGCAUCCUUAAAGAGGUUCCUUUUUCGCUUGAACCUUAGCUUAAGUGCGCAUUCCGCGAUACAAACGCGAGAACUCAUCUGAAGUAUUGUUUAAGGGUGUUUUACUUUUUUACUUCUGUUGGCAUUUACUGUCCCUCCAACUAUGAACUUUGUAUGCUCCCUACAUGUAUCAUUGCGUUGAAUUGAUCUAUUUUUUACCAAUCAACAGCUAGCGACUGUGUUACUAUUGAAGAAUAAAUUCUUUUGAAUCUGUAUAAUCAGGAUAA